AUGUCUUCAGGUGACUUUUAUUCUACGGCAAAGAUGGAACAAAAUUUAAAGAAUAGAAAAAUAUCUGCAACUAAGUCAAAAGUAGAGUGGCUAAAGAUACAGUGGCUACUUCAUCAAAAAUCAACUCCAUUUUGUAUACACUACAAGUACUCUAACAAUGAAGAUUUACUAUUUGAUUCAUUCAAUAUUGAAAAAAGAAGAUCCGUACAAGCAUUUGAAAAUAUUGAGCUCAAUACCUUGUACCCCAAAGGUCACAACAUUGACAAUAAAAAAAAAGAAGGACCUUCUAGAGUUAAUUCCUUUCAUACCUCCUGUUCAUCAUAA